UCCGCACGUACAGAGAUGCAUUACAUGUACAUCUCUAUGCCUCGCCCGACGUGAUAUUUGCACGAUAACAAUGGAGCCGAGAUGUCGCAAAUGCCUGGACAAAUCACAAACCCCUUGUAUGACAUCGAUUCUCGAUCAGCUUAUCUUCCAUCUCAUAAUGAAUCUGGGCAAUAUCUGAAAAGGACCGCAAUUUUAUUAAAUGGCAAUGAUUCAUAAUGGUGUUUGAGAUUUUGAUUCAGUCGCUUUCUCUUCAGAGACUACCUCAGAAUUGUAUGCUUGGCGUUCUUGGAAUGUUCUUGUUAACGAUUAUCAGCUUUAAAAAUGAGGAGAACAUCUUGAUACCAAAUUUCAGAGUAAAUCUCCGCCCAGCUGUAACUUACGGUUUUGAAGACGGUCGAAGAUUCAACAGAAGUUCCAUGCGGGAAAUUCAGCGGAAUGUUUCUGCUUACAUGAAGCGAUGGGAAGCCGUACAAGUUUUCCGAUCAGAUAUAUCAUGGAGGAAAAUAAGUGUUUCACACACAGAAAAGGAACUGAAAGCUCGCAACCAAACACAUACCAUUUCAAAACAAUAUCAAUGCGCCCUGGUCGGCAACUCGGGUAUCCUAUUGGACAGUAGAUGCGGUGACGUGAUCGACAGGUUCAAAUUCGUCAUCCGUAUGAACCUAGCUCCUUGCGGAGGUGAAUUCAAACGUGACGUCGGUUCCAAAGUAGACUUGGAUACCUUUAACUGGGACCAGCUUGAGCGGCUGUUAACUUGUACGGACACCUAUUACCCACCUGAAGCGAAGUGCAAUACCACGGACCAAGUUUGUCUACAGAAGCGGGAAGAGAAGUACGGGACUCCCAGAGAGGCUCUCGAUUGCGAUGACUUGUUGGAUAGAUUAAAGCGAGCCAACGGUACGACUUUAUGGUACUUCAAAAAGAUUGGAAACAUUGCCGCGUUCAGGAGGUUGCUCGGUGUACUCAAACCGAAAUACAACAUUGACAUCCAUUUUGCUUACAGCCCGAGAAGCCUCAUGGGACCUGCAACAAAAGCAUUCAAAAUCGAAUUUCCGUCAUCCGGUCUGGCGCUCUACUCGGCCGCUACCCAGUUUUGUCACAAGAUAUACAUGUUCGGGUUCUAUCCGUUACCACGGGAUCCGAACAACCGGACCAUCCAGCACCAUUACUAUGAAGUGAUAGAUAUGAACCACACUGAGAAUGUGCACAACAUGCCAAGCGAGUACCAAGUCUUCCUUCGGUUAAACCGAACCGGGACAAUAGGUCUAAUCAACGACUGUAGAGGACUGUACUCCAAGAGUAAUUGGUGGUAGAUAUGGGACUUAUGUAAAGAGUGUGUGCGGAGUGCGUUUAUCAUGUUUAUAUCAUUUUUAUUACUUUUUAACUGCAUCGAAUUUGGCGAUUCCAUAGCCUUUUCUUUUUCCUGUUGAGGAAUCUCACGAGUGUUUGAUACCAGUAUGAUUGUGUAUAAAAGGAUAGAGUCACAAUUCUUGAUCAUAAAUAUAUAUAGAUUUUCCUUUCAUCCCCCCACACCCUAGUGUUUUGAAAAGCGCCCUCAAUGGUAUACAACCGUGGUAAUGACUAAGGCAUGGAAGAAUUAGUAAUUAUGAAAAAAAAAAUCACGUCGUUAGAUAACGGGUAUAUCAUUUAUCAUGUAAAAGAACUACUCCAACUGAUAAAGGAUGAUUUUAUUCAAUACAGCCAUUCCAUGUGGAAUUUGGGGGUGUGUAUAUAUAUAUAUAUAUAUAUAUAUAAAUAUAUUCCUUUUUUCUGUA